CGCCAUUAUAAUGCUUUAUAAUCGAAGUGAUUCUUCUAAUAAGGUGGUUGGUUAUAUUUUCCAUGCUUUAUAAUCGAAGUGAUCCUUCUAACAAGGUAAGUUCAGUAUAUUCUUCAUGCUUUAUAAUCGAAGUGAUCCUUCUAUCAAGGUAGUAGUUAUAUUCUCCAUGCUCUAUAAUCCGAGUGAUCCUUCUGAUCCUUCUAACAAGGUAUAUAUUCUCCAUGCUUGAUAAUCAAAGUAAUCCUUCUGAAAAGGUAUAUAAUCUUCAACCGAUGCCUGGGCUUGUUCAUCAUCCAGUGAAUUCAAACAACCAGAGCGCCGCAUCAACACCAUGACAGUAGCGACUGCAGGAACCUGCCACCCGGCCUUCGCGCCGCUGCGCGAGCGCCUUGAGAAGAACAUCGCCAGCGGCGACGAGCUUGGUGCUUCGCUGUGUGUUACCAUUGGUGACGAGACGGUCGUCGACAUCUGGGGCGGACACGCCGAUCCCGCACGCUCCAAACCCUGGUCGGAGCACACUAUUGUGCCCGUCUGGUCACUCUCUAAGCCCAUUUCCAACCUGGGCGUCCUGUUGCUCAUCGACCGCGGCCUGGUCGACCCGGAUGCGCCGCUGGUGACCUACUGGCCGGAGAUCGCCGGCGCCGGUCGCGACGAUAUCCUUGUCCGCCAUGUGCUAGGCCACACGGCUGGCUUGCCGUCUUGGAAUCCGCCUCUUCCCGCUGAUCAACUGUACGAUCUCCCGGCCGCCGCGGACGCCCUCGCUCGCCAGGAGCCCUGGUGGACCCCCGGCACUGUUGCUGGCUACCACGCCCUCUCGCAGGGCUAUCUUACGGAUGCGCUGGUGCGCCGCGUGGCCGGGAAGCCGCUGGGAGAGUUUGUGCGCGACGAGCUGGCCACGCCGCGGGCCGCGGACUUUCACUUCGGGGUGCCGGCGAGCGAAUGGGGCCGGAUCGGGGAGAUGGUCCCGCCGCCACCGUUCAAGGACAUGCCCGGUCCGGAGAGCUUGGUCAUGAGGGUUUUGGGCGGGGGCUCGUUACCUGCGACCGAGUCAGCGACGCCAGCUUUCUGGAGCGCUGGAAUCCCGUCCAUGGGCGGCAUUGGCAACGCGCGUAGCGUCAACCGCAUCUUGUCUGUCGUCGCACAGAAUGGUACCGUUGACGGGCGCCGAUUCAUGGGCGCGGAGACUAUCGAUGCGAUCUUUCGGGAGCAGUCCCCGGACAAGGAGAUCGUGAUGGAUAUGCCUGUGCGCUUUGGGAUGGGGUUCGCGUUGUCCCCGCCGUUGAGUCUGUCUGAGGAGGAGAAGAAUUCAAUGAGCUGGUUGCCUGCUGGCCGAGUAUGCUGGUGGGGGGGUUGGGGUGGUUCCAUCGGGGUGGUCGACAUCGAUCGCCAGAUAACCAUCACGUAUGUCAUGAAUCAUAUGGGCCCGGGCACGAUUGGGGGCCCGCGCGCGACCGAGUAUGUGACGGCGAUUUAUGAGCUGGUCCAGGCGUAUGAGGCUUUCAUCGCAUCUAAGUAGUUGUUGUAACUUGCAGUUGUUGUCAAUUCAAUUU